AUGGAUUACGAUUGCAACCACAGUUUCUCCAGCCAGCAUUUCUCACCAAGUCUCUUUGCGCAAACAAAACCAAGCACACCGGUUUGGGAUGAUAUGCCCAUGCCUGGCUUUGGAAUCGAAUUUGAAUACGAGCUGCAGCGAGCUUGGGAACGACACAUGAGCAGACAGAGUGGUCGUCUUGCUAGAUAUGGCAGAUUUGGGAUGACCGAAGAGGACGCAAUGCGGGUGACACCAGAAGACACGCGCGAGGCAUAUCGAAUAUUCGUUCAAGAAGAGUUAGCAGAAAUGUCUGCCCCAACCCCACCUCCAUCUCCAUCUCCAUCUCCACCAUCGUCAGCUCUGCCCACGCCGUCUACAUUUACAUCGAUUGCGUUCGCCGACAAACAAUCCAAACACUGGCCUCAGCAGCCGUACCAUUCCCAAGAGAUCAUUUAUCGCACCGCGAUUAAUCGGAAUCAACCAUUACGCCGGCAGUCGGACUCUACAGCAUCAAUUUUUACCGAGUUUGGUUUUCAAAUGGCGAGAACUGGCUGUACGAAGUCGAACGUCAUAAAGAGAUCAAGGAGGACGCCCAAGGGAGUUAAAUCCUGCAAUUUACCCCGAUCGAAACAUCAUAUGGAGACGAGGUCGACGAAGAUGGUGGCGAGGAAGCGGCUCCGUUUGGGUUGAAUAUUAGCAUUAUGAAUUUCUGCAAUGAAUCGAGAAGGCCACAUACGCGACAACGCCCAGUAGUCCAGCAAUCAAUUGAAGGAUCAGCUGCCCAAUGGGCAACAAAAAUACGCCUAGCAGCACAAAUUCGAAUCAAGUCACCACCUGCUGUGACGGGUGAGGUACCUUCCUUCCCUCUAUAGUAUGAACUUCGAUACUGACACGUAUCAUGCUCAGGUUCUGUCCCUUACCUUCCAGGACGCAACGACACAGUGGCCACAAUUGGUAGACGAAUCAUGCAACCAUAUUAA